GGCGUCUGGGAAGCCCGCCUCUCGCUCUCUCCUCCCAGCCGAGACUGGUCGGGGAGGGGAAAGGUCGUUCCAAGCAGCGAGGCGGGAGGCAGGACAGGACGGUCUCGCCUCUGGAGCAGCAAUGGCGGAACAAAAAAAGCCGUCUCAGGCGCCCAUCAGCCCCCUGAAGAACUUCUUCGCGGGUGGUUUCGGGGGUGUCUGUUUAGUUUUCGUGGGGCAUCCGUUGGACACCAUCAAGGUCAGACUCCAGACUCAACCAAAACCUUUGCCAGGACAGUCUCUACUCUAUGCUGGGACCUUUGACUGCUUCAAGAAGACUCUUGUUCAAGAGGGAGUCCGUGGCUUGUAUAAGGGAAUGGCAGCUCCAAUUGUUGGGGUGACCCCCAUGUUUGCCAUCUGUUUCUUUGGAUUUGGCUUAGGCAAGAAACUCCAGCAGAGGACCCCUGACGAUGUUCUGACAUAUCCCCAGCUCUUUGCAGCAGGCAUGCUGUCCGGGGUGUUCACCACUGCUAUAAUGGCUCCAGGAGAAAGGAUCAAGUGCCUUCUACAGAUCCAGGCUGCCUCAGGUGAAAUUAAAUAUGGGGGCCCCUUGGACUGUGCCAAACAAAUAUAUCGUGAAGCUGGAAUUCGAGGCGUGUACAAAGGAACGGUCCUUACCCUAAUGAGAGAUGUUCCAGCCAGUGGAAUGUACUUCAUGACCUAUGAAUGGCUGAAAAAUAUUUUGACCCCUGAAGGGCAAAAUGUCGGUGCCCUCAGUGUACCUAGGAUUCUCUUUGCAGGUGGCAUGGCAGGGAUCUUCAACUGGGCUGUUGGGAUCCCUCCGGAUGUUUUAAAAUCCCGCUUCCAGACAGCUCCACCGGGAAAGUAUCCCAAUGGCUUCAGGGACGUUUUGAGAGAGCUUGUACGAGAGGAGGGAGUGAUGUCUCUUUACAAGGGAUUCACCGCCGUUAUGAUCAGGGCCUUCCCUGCCAAUGCAGCCUGCUUCCUUGGUUUUGAAGUUGCCAUGAAGUUUCUGAACUGGCUUGCACCAAGUCUGUGAGGAUCAGCAGGAUGUGUUCCAAAGGAACUCGAGGACAGGCGAAAGAACAAGACAGCAUGAGAGGAAUGGCAUGAUGAAACAAAAUAAGCUAUAGAAAUGACUAGUUUUCUAAUAACCUUCUUUGCCUUACUCACGCCCUCUGGGUGGUGCCACGUUGCCAUUUGGAAUCUUGAGCCAAAACUCUUCCCAGCGAGAGUUCAAGUGGUGUUCAAGACACUCUUCUGCCUUCUGAACCCAAAGUUGCCAGAGGGGUAGCGCUGCUAGCAGAAAACCUUAUUGCUUUUAAUAAACAGCAGUUCCUCCCCCCCCCCGCCUUCUAUUCUCAUUUGCUUCCUUUGGAAAUAAAGGAGGAAGACCUUAAUUUUUCCUUUUAAUUUUAGAAAAGAGGUGCAUUGCUGGUGAUAGUACCAAAAAACUCUGAGGGGAAGGGGGCGGGGAAACUAACCACGGUGCACUUAAUUCUCAGGAUAGAACUUAACACUUAAUUGUACAUGUGGAUACAAGAAAAUUAUUUUGCAUGGAUUUACAGAUCUUGGGCAGAGUCUGCCACAAAUAGUCCUAUGGAAGCUCUGUUGGAAUGAAGGGGACUUGCACAGGAGUAUCAAGACUGUUUCUGAACCUGUGUGAGCCCCAUUCAUUUCACAUUCAUGGCAGAUACUGACCACAAGUCUCCAUCUGUUGCCUUGAGGUGUAUGAUGAAAUAACAUGUCGACUUCUUCCUUUGGGCUACUGCAUGCGGACUGGAAGGCAGCGACUGGAAAGAACAGAACUAAAAUGAAGUGAGGCUUGGGGCUACUGAAUAAAGGUAGCUGAUGAAGAAUUCAUCAAGGGCUAUGGAUUUUGUAUGGUGAAAAGCUCAAACAGGUGGACUGCAGAUAUAAGGGGGUAAUUCACAAGGGUGUUUUUUCAAAUAAUUUACUGGAAGGAAAUAACUUUUUACCUGCUUUCUUUAAAAUCCUCUUCCAGUCGGUGCUUUCUGGAUAACUGCAGCUUCACAAAGAGCCAUGCAACCUAGUGGCAUCGCUGAAGUGCCAAAUGCUGAAGUCUGGCACCAGCAGCUGUAUAAUGAGGGUUUUAAAGUAAGGGGAAAUCUUAAAACUUAUUUCUAAAGCUGAAGGGGCCUGAAACAGAAUAACUGACUUCAGAGUGAUUUUGUUUUCAGCUUUGCCUCAAGAAGAUUUCACUAGGUGUAAUUGAGUGUUUUUUAGCUGAAGCACAUCCAAUGCAUAUACAAUAUAGGCAGGACUAUCGAUCUGUAAAACGUUUCACUGAGAUGAAAUUAUCCUGUUUUUCAGGACACAAAUAAAGUUUGCUGAUUCUUA